AUGUAUAUGCCAGUGGCGGUCAACUCUUUGACUUCUUUCGAGACCGACCUGCCCUUUGAGUACUACACGCUGCCGUUCUGCCGGCCGCCGGAGGGCAUCAAAAAGGUGGCCAACACGGCCAACCUGGGCACAAUCCUGCAGGGGCUGCGCAUCGAAAACUCCCCCUACAACCUGACAGUCAUGGUGAAGGAGCUGGCGCUCAAUGCGUGCGGCAAGGACGGCUUCGCGCCGGCGCUGAGCGCGGGCCAGGCCAAGGCGCUCAAGGACAAGGUGGACAAGGGGUACCGCGUCAACAUGGUGCUGGACAACUUGCCCGUGACGACACAGGACCUGGCGCAGGACAACGAGUUCGUGCGGCCCGGCUUCGACCUGGGCUUCCGCGACGGCGAUAAGUACUACAUUAACAACCACCUGCGGUUUACUGUCCUGGUGCACCCCACAAACGGGGAGUACACCUGGCGGCCGGCCGGCGGGACGGGCCUCGACCGGCGCCGCCUGCUAGCGGGCGCCACUGCAGGGGCAGCGGCCGGCGCGCUGGGCGGCGGGGCAGCGCUCUCGGCGGCGGAGGGCGCGGCAGGCACGGGCACGCGGCGGCUGGCGCAGAGCGGCAACACCGCAGGCGCAGCUGCUGAGCAGCUGUACAUGGUGGUGGGCUUCGAGGUCAAGGUCUGCUCCAUCGCCCGCACCGCCGGCAAGACGGUGGACAACGUGGAGUGCGGCAUGGGCGGCGCGGCCGAGCCUGCGCCGCAGGAGAUCAAGGAGAAGGCGGAGGUGGUGUACACGUACGACGUGUUUUGGCAGGUCAGCGAGACCCAGUGGGCCAGCCGGUGGGACGCCUACCUGCGGAUGCCCGGCGGGAAGUCGUACGGCAGAGACCAAUGA